GAAUACAAGUUUGAAGAAGACAACCCAUUAAUAAAUCACCCAGAUCCUUUCCAAGCUGGUCUAGAGAAGUUGAAACAAGGAGAUAUACCAAAUGCUGUAUUAUUGUUUGAAGCUGCUGUGAAAAAAGAUGAAAGUCAUGCUGAGGCAUGGCAGUAUCUGGGUACUACACAAGCUGAAAAUGAACAAGAACCAGCAGCCAUUUCUGCACUAAAUAAAUGUUUAGAACUCGAUCCAGGUAACCUCGUAGCGUUGAUGUCACUGGCAGUCAGUUAUACAAACGAGUCACUGGCUUCACACGCUUGUCAUACACUCAAACUCUGGCUGAAAAACAACCCAAAAUAUGCACACCUGGUACCAGAGCCAGUAGAUGCUCAACCUAGAGUAUCAUCAUAUGUUUCCAGUCAUGAACAUAAGCAGAUACAGGAUCUUUACAUCAAUGCAGCACGUACAGUGUCUCAGGGUGAGAUAGACGCGGACGUACAGAGUGGUCUCGGAGUUUUGUUCAACUUGAGUGGAGAAUACGAUAAAGCGGUAGAUUGUUUCUCAGCUGCGUUACAAGUCAAACCAAAGGAUGCGUUGCUAUGGAACAAACUGGGGGCAACGUUAGCUAAUGGUAGUCGUAGCGAGGAGGCUAUAGACGCGUACCAUAAUGCAUUGCAUCUAUCUCCCGGCUUUAUACGAUCACGAUAUAACCUUGGUAUAGCAUGCAUAAACCUAGGGGCUCACAGGGAGGCGGUGGAGCAUUUUCUAGCUGCGUUAAGUAUGCAGAAACAGAGUCACGGAAUGAAGGACCCGCAGUCUGUGAUGUCACAGAAUAUCUGGAGCACAUUACGUAUGGCCAUCUCCCUCAUGGGGAGGCCGGAACUUUAUCAAUACUGUGAUAAUAAAGACGUUGACGGACUUAAUAACGAGUUCGGAUUGAAUUUAAACUCUUGAUGGAGUUCAAAUGAUGGAAAGUGUAUUGAUGUUUCAGUGGAUAAAAAUUUAAAUGGCUCAAAUUUAUCACAGGCACGGCAGUUUGGUUGUGAUGAACACUGUGGUUUCAACUCGCCUCACAGGGGAACAUACUUCCAUACAAUUAUCAGGGGAGGAGAUUUCUGUACAGAUAAAAGUAGUUCUAGUUUACAAAAUGAUAAAAACGCUCAGAUUAAUAGCGAUUUAGAUGCUGAUUUAAAUGGGAUAAGAGGAAAUGUUGAAAAUGGAAGAAAGAGCUCUGAUAACAAGAAAAGUGAAGAGAAAUAUGCAACAGUAUCUAAACCACAAGAGAUUAUUGUUCAUGAGACUAGUUUAAAUGUUCCGACAAAGCUAAAUGGUAACAGGUCGGGAGUUAAUUAUCAAUCAAGAAGUGAUUAUGCAAAACUAUGUGAUAUUGUUGUGGUAAAGGGAGGUAAAUCUGUAGAGAAUGUUAACAAAUGUGUGACUAGUAAUAAUAAUUGUUCUGAAGAGAUUAGUGAUUGCCUGCCAGGUGUUCUUAAAUUGAUAUUUGAUUAACAAGUAAUAAACAUAUCAUUAUGAUUAUGAAUUGAUUGUUUUGUUUGUUAUUGUAUUUUGAAAUAAUUAAUUGAUUUAGGAAAGGUGUAAAUGUGUAUUUUGAUUGAUGUUAAUUGGCUAUUUUUUGUCUAUCACUGUUAGUUAACUGUUAUAAUGUAUAUAUGUUUUGACUGGUAGCUUUACAAAAGUUUGUUACCUACCUACAUUAGAUGGAACUAUGUUACCUAAUUGAAUGGCAUCAGUGUCAGAUUCUCUGAAGCUUUUAUUAGAUUUUAAUACUUUUCACAAUGAGCCCUUCACCUUGAGACCUGACUUAUCUUAGAUAUAUAGUAUGUAGGUACAUUAAUGUUGACUUGACACUUUGGGAGAGUUGCAGGUCAAUAAGUUAAAGGUCAAGGGCACUUAUUCUAAAUUUCGACUUUUCUACUUUUCUCCAGUUUUGUUAUGUAGUAAGAGUGUUUAAAGUAAAUUUUAUAUUUAAAUCAUGUAACUCAUUUAAUUAUCAAUUUUAGCAUCACUUUUCAAAUGAAAAAUGUGGAAGUAUUUGAUAAAUUCUUGUAAAAAAGCGCCAGAAAAAUUGUAUAUUUAAAGCAGCAUGCCUCUAGGUUCAUACUUAUUU